AUGUCCGAGUCCUUCUUUGACUCGCUCAACUUCAACGGCGGCGGCGCGUCUCAGGGCUCGCAGCUGCCAUCUGGAAGUGGCAUUAGACCUCCCCAGAGCCAAGCGAUUGUAUUUUGGAAAAAGGAGAGUCCCUCGCCGUCUUUGCAGUCCGCCAUCGGUGGCCUGCCUCCGCACGCAGCUCUGCCCGAUAUCGGCUCCAGCAAAUGGUCAGCAUCGCCGCUGCCACCUCUUGACCUGGGCAUCCAUAAUAAUGACUUUUUGGCAGAGCAAAGGAGGAGCCCAAGUCUUGGAAGAUCGCCAAGGAAGACAGUCGUGGAGAGCGCAAAGGCAGCAGGAAAGAGGAGAAUGGGGGAGCGUGAUGCAGAGACCGGGAGCUUGGAUUCAAGCAGAAGCUUGACGAUGGCAAAUCGACGCACUUACCGCCAAAGACCCGUUAAACGGAGCCGGUCAAUUCGUACAUCAUCAGGCGGGGUAAAGGAUUCAUCAAUAGACGGCGCACAGCUUGACUCGACAGACUCGGGCAAGUUCAUCGCGUACGUGAAUGAACAUCUGCUCGCUGGUCUCGACGACGAUCUCGGUAUCCAGCCGGCAAACACAGCAGAGGCGAGCGCAGAUGUGUCCGAGACGCGUCGAAUGAAAGCCCACGGUGAUAGCUCCGGAGGAAGGCGGUCAUCUGUAUCUAGGGCAGACACUGCGCCGCCUCCAGGCUCAGAGGAAGAGGCGCGGGAGGGCACACAAGGUCACUCAGCUCGCGGCAUGCAAGUUGAGACGGGGAGGCCAGGCGGACGCAAUAAAGGCAAAGGAUGGCUGCGGUAUCACACGGACCCGCAUCCACAAAUGGGGUCUUCAUCACCCCCGCUUGGCGUUCAAGCAGCGCCCACGAUAAGUACUCAACGCUCGAUCAUGUCGAAUGUGAACGAGAAGAGCGCUAUGUCCACGGUCGCGCAGCAAAGCCCAACACAGAUGACAUCCGCAGGAACCUCUGGCAGAGUUCUUGCGCAAAAAGAUAACAAUGUCAGAUCCGCGAUCAGGUCGAUGUCCAGAACAUCUUCGAAGUCAUCCGCUCGGUUCAGUAUGUCACCCACCAAAAACGGGGCGAGCGAUUGGCGAACAGCUUCCAUCAGUCCGCAAAAACAAGCCGUGCCGGUUGGAUAUGUACAAGAGUCAGAUCGUCCUUUUUCCAAUGAGCCUUCGUAUAAUGGCACGGCCGAAGUCGCGUUGGCACAAGAUCACGGUCAGCGUCGCAAACUAGGCAGCACUGCCCGACGCAGCAUCUCGGGCCCUAGCGCUACCCUCCGUUGCCCGACUGCAAAUGCCAGGAACGCCGGCGGCACUACAGCAAUUAAGGCGGCGGGCAGCGGCGCAAAGCGCCCAGCAGCACCGGGCCGUUCAGGUUUCACCACACCAGUUCACAUCUCUCGCUCGCCCGUCAAGGCGCCCGGAAGCUCGCCGACAAGCGCGAUCGUGAUCGACGAUGACGACGACUCGGACGAUGACGAGCAUGUCAAGUGCAAGGGCAAUGCAGCAGAUGACAGUUUCGACUUUGCAGAAGACGAGGACUUCAUCAUGCUCUCGGAGCGCCUAGCUGAGGAAGGCCUUUAA